CGGGUUGUAUUUCAGAGGAGUUUUCGAGAGGCAACUCCCACUAACGCACGCUGUGUGUAGCGGUAUUUCAUAAGGAAACUGUGCUCGGGGUCAUAACUCUUAGAACUGACAGUCCUGUGGGUUGGUUUAUGAAUUUUUAAGACAAUACAGAUAGUGUUUGAAUCGUGGAUUUGUUUUAAGGAGAUAUUCGUCAUUUCUAAUACAAAAUCCUCAAAUAGUAUAAGAAAUGAUGGCAUCACAAAAACAUGAAGACGUCCUAAGCGGUGAAAAAAUCACAUAAAUUUCCAGAUGUAAAUACAUCUAGGCAAUGCAGUAUGAUUAAGAGCGCACCGAUAUUAGUUUUACUCUCGUUUACACCACUAAUUUUCUGCUGCCCAUUCCCCUGCAUCUGCCGCUGGAAAAACGGGAAACAAACCGCAGAAUGUGUCAAUAAAGACCUUUUAGUUAUCCCGGAAUCCCUGGACGCUGACACUCAAGUCCUCGAAUUCUCCGGAAACAAUUUAAGGACACUGCACCGAGAGAAAUUCCUGAAAUUAGAUCUGAUAAAUUUACAAAGGAUCCAUUUAAGUAGAUGUAGAAUCAGUGUAAUAAACGGUCAAACCUUUAAGGGUCUUACGAAUCUCGUAGAGCUCGAUUUGUCGGAGAAUCUACUUGAGACGGUCCCCACAGAGUCAUUUAAAGACUGUCCUUCGUUAAUGAGACUAUCGUUGAGUAGGAAUCCAAUAAAAGAACUCGACCAAAAUGCUUUCAAUUACUUAUCGUUUUUAAAUAUGUUAGAGCUAAGCAACUGCGACAUAUGGAAGGUACAUACGCAUGCUUUUGAAGGGUUGUAUAGCUUAGAAUGGCUACAUUUGGAGUCGAAUAAAAUGCGAUCAUUUCCGGCACAUAUACCGGCUAGUUUAAAAGGAAUACAACUUCAAGGCAAUCCAUGGAAAUGUGACUGUAAUUUGCAAGAUUUUCACAAGUUUCUGUUAACGUUUUCUUACCCUCUUUCUAAUGAACCAGUUUGUAAAAUUCCGCAUUCAUUAGCGGGUAGAAAAAUUAAAACACUCGCCAAGAACGAGCUUGCCUGUCUUCCAGAAGUCUCUCCUACUCAAUUUUAUCUAGAAAUCGAUGAAGGAAGGAAUAUUUCCUUAGUAUGCCAAGUGCAUGCUAUUCCAGAAGCUGCCGUUAAUUGGUAUUUUGAGGGCCAGUUACUGCAGAACGACACCUUUCUCUCGCCAGAACUCCACUUACUUUAUUACGUUGAGCAAGGGCGGGAGGAUAAACGUAGUGAGUUGUUCAUAUACAAUGCAAACUCCGGAGAUUCUGGAACGUUUAUAUGCAAUGCUGAAAAUUCUGCGGGAGUUUCGAACGCCAACUUCACCAUAAGAGUUUUAUUAAAACAGGGACCGAGACAAGAGGUAGAAGAGAUGCCGCUGGAAUUCGUUUUUAUUGUUAUAUCGGCUACAGUGGCUUCUGUCUUACUUUUAUUAGCUAUCGGCACUAUCUCCGUAUUGAAAUGUCGGAAGAAUUCCCGAUUAAGGAGAAAAAGGCACGAUUCCAAAGUGGCUUUGGGCAAUUCAACCGGAGAUACGAUUUCGAGAGAGAGUUCGGAUAUUUUAACUCAAAACAAAUCUUCUAAUUUCAAAUUGGUGAAUUACGACGAACUGAAAAUCUCUCAUGUUCACAAUGACGAAGAUAUUGCUUUCGUGACUAAUAAAGUACCAAAGUGCUAUCCGGAUCAGAAUCCAGACAUAAUAAACGGGACAGAAAUUAUAGAAAAUAGUGAGUACUCAGUGAUGUUGCGGAGACAGCAUUCGGUAGUGCGGAGUGUUGAGUUUGAUUACAUGACGAACCAGCGUGCUAGUGAUUGUAAUAUGUUUUUUAUGCACGGUGAUGUUAUGCUUAAGCCAGUGGACUGCUACAGGACUUUACCGAAUAAAAAGAGAGCUGCUGCUGCUACAGGUCGAGUCUCGCGGGACGCCGAAUUUUUAAAUCGCAACGUAUCGAGUCCCUCACCUUCGUCAUCUCCGGCUCCGCUGACCUACGAGUACUUCGGAAACGACAUACGCUACACCGCCGAUGGAUAUCCAGUCAAAGCGCUGAAUAAAUGUCAACAAGCAGUGAUCAUCUCGUCCGAUCCAGCGGCGCAUACAUCAUGCGAGCCUGGAAACUCUGGCAAAGGGGAAGCUGGUGCGAUUGUGGCCCCUUGUGGCCAGGAAGCUUAAUCCCCUGUUUACGUUAGUAGUCCAGUCGGUAUAGCAUUUGACGUUGCAUGGUGAGCUGUCCAAAGAUUUAUUUUUCUAAUCUUUAGGGGGGUCAAUAAUAGUGUAUAGAAGAAACGGAAUUCGGUCAGAAAUUCUAGUAGCUGGUUUAAAGAUAAGCACUUGCCGGUAUUUUAACAUCCUAUUCAUUGUAAGUUAGUCAUUUUAGAACAUACAGUAAACACUUUUAUGUUAGUACAGUUAAAAUAAUUAGAUCAAUGUUAAGAUAGAGAAAUUAAAUUUUAUUUUAUUUUUAAGGAUAAUAAAAGAAAUUUCGUUAGCGAAAUCAUAUUAAAAAUUAAUCUGCAACAUAUUUGAAACAAUAUUUGGAUAAAACAUCCCAUUUUUGUUGGUAAGAAGUUGAUUAAUUUUUCUGGACUAAAUUACAGUUCUAUUUAUAUCCGAGAAAACUUGGUCUUCACACAAUGUUGCCAAACUGAAUUUUAUUAAAAGUGAAUAAACAUUUACAAUUUCAAAGUAAGUUAUCAAUCAAAGUAACACAGAAAACUACAAUAAAUAUCGUGCCCAUACCACCAGAUUAACAACAGGUGAAAUACUUUAUUUGGUUACACCUCCUGAGAUUUUCAAAAUUUAUAAAUCAGACAGGAUGCCGAGGAAAUUAAGAUGAGAGAAUUUUAAAUAAUUCACAACUCAUCUCCUCAGCAUGGUAAAAGUUCCAACAAGAAAGAUUCCUUAAUACUCCUACAAAAGAAUAAAUAAAUUAUAAAUGUAUAAACAUUUUAAAUUUUUUUGCAACACGAAAAUCCAGCAGCUGCAUAAUACUCUGGUUAAAUCGGAGAGUGCAGGAAGAGUCUAUACCGGUUUCGGAGGUCUUUUCCCUCUCAUCAGUAGUCCCAUAUCCGUAUUAUGCAGCUGCUGCAAUUUCGUGUUGCAAAGAAAUUGAAAAUAUUUAUACAUUUACAAAUUCGUUUCAACCCGAAACUGCAGUCGUGUCAUAUUCUAGUUCAAUCAGAGAGUACAGCAAGUAACUCUACCGGUAGAGUUAAUUACUCUCUGUUUGAACUAGAAAUACAAUACGACUGCGGUUUUGGGUUGCAAUGAAAUUGAAAAUAUAUAUUUAAAUUUAAUUUAUAGAUUUACUCUCUUUGGAGGACUAAGGGAACCAUUCUCGCUGUAAAAUUCCCUCAUCUUCCUAUAGUCUUUGAAUCCGCAUGACUUCCAUUUUUAGAAGCCUCGCAUGGUGUAACCAGAGAAGAUUUUCCAUUGUUUUUAAUCUGGUACGAUAUAAAAUGGUAUCUUUUAUGUGAUAUUAAACUGAAAACUUAGAGAAAUAUAAUUUCGCAUAGUUUUGAUAUCUUUUAUUUUCUGCUAAAAUAAAUAAAUAUUUAAGGUACUACGUAUGCGGUAAAUAGCGAGCGUAAGAUGUGAUUUUUUGCAGCAUUGUUUUUGUUCCAUAUCUCCUUCAUUUUCAACUUUUUGACAAAAAUAUUGGGAACUGAAAUUGUGGCAAAUGCGAUUUUCUACAAUUUAUUUUUACGAUUUUUUUUUGUACAGAAGAUGUUUUUUGAGUUAGGGGGGAAAAUAGUGGAAGGGGAUGGGAAGCAUAAUUAUUGAAAUAUACCUUUACAACAUAAUUGUACAUAAAACAAAAAAAAAGAAAAUUAUAUUUUAUAUAUCCACGAGGAAAAACAUUUCUGUAGUUGGCAGUAUACAAUAUAUUAUAAAAAACGACUAAAAUCCUUUAUAAAGGGCACAUUUGCUAAAAUCCCUAAAAAGGGCUAGAUAACAGAACUAGUUUUCGAUUGGAUGACCGACCAUCAUCAGUGCUUACGUGAGUCUAACAUGCUAACCACCAAAAUACAAAAAUAUAUGUGUAAAAACCCUUUAAAAUGGAGCCGUCAUGGAAACAUAGAUAAAAUAUGUAAAAGUAAACAUGGAUAUACAAAAUAUUCCAUGUAUUACGUACAUUACUCCAGGUACCAUUUGAGCCCAAAAUUGACUUGUUCACAUGUUAACUAUAUGAUGGCAAGUGAGUUAUGAUUUUAACAAAUAUACCUUUUGUAAAGGAUUUUAGUCGUUUUUUUUAUAUUCUAUACAUUUUUUACCAAAGUCAAUAUUUAAAAUCUUACGCUAAUCGCUUAAGGUUCGCUAAUCGCUUGUAUCUUGUUAUGCUUGUCAUAGACGUAGAUCCUCAAAUGUUGAUUGUAGCACAAAAAUAUAUUAUAAAGGGAUUGUAAAAAAUUUAAUUCUUUCCAUAUUUGUACUUGUGUGUCUAACCUCAAAUAUUACUUUUAGCCAACAAAUAAAACAGAUCAAAAUUUUAUAAAAUAAAAUUCAUUUUUGUUUAGGUACAAUUACAUAUUAUGCAGUAGAUAAAAGUAUAAUAAUAAAUGAGAUAUUUCAAUAAUUAUGGUUCCCGUCCCCUUCCACUAUUAUUGUCCCCCAUAACUUGGAAAAUAUUGACCGUACAAAAAAAUUGUAAAGAAAAAAUUGUAGGGAAUCGUAUUUACAACAAUUUCAGUCAUUACCAUUUUUGUUGAAAAGUUGAGAAAUUGAGUAAAAACCCCCAUUUUGAUUUUUCUUUAAGAUUAAGAUGACGGCUACCGCAAGAACGAAAUUAGUCGCGAUUUUAAAUUUACACCACUAUUGACCCCCUCUGGAAGUUAGAGUAAUAAAAUUCUGGCCAGCUGGCCAUGCCAGGUUAGGCUUUUUUUCAUCUAACCAGACUGAACUAAAAGGGGAAGCCGGUGCGAUUGUGGCCCCUUGUGGCCAGGAAGCUUAUUCCCCAGUUUACAUUAGUUCGAAAACACGGACUGGGUUUUGACAUAGUUUAAGUGAUAAUAACUUUUUAGGUACGAAUACAUACUGAAUGAAACCGAAGCUACAAUAGUGAAUGUUUUAAGUUUGUUAAAAAUCAUAUAUAGCAUGGACAAGAAUAGCUCUAGUGCACUUUAGUGAUAUAUUUAAUUGAGUCUUAGUUUUGGUCAAACAGAAUAUUGGGUAAAUAGAGAUUUACAACAAAAAGUAAGGGUUUGUGCUUAUUUUAUAUAAUUAAUCAUAACAGACUGAAAACAAGGAGACAGAUACGAAGUAUGGUUACAAUUAUUAUUCGAUAUUUUUCUGCUUAUAAGCUGCUCAAACUAAUAUGCCGCUAAAAUACACUAGAUAUAACAAGGACCUAUUUAUUCUAUGUAUGGAUUUGAUGUACUUUACCAACGGGAUCUGACUUUAUUGUUUUUAAGUAAAAAAUCUUAAGUCUUAGACAUUUCAAAGCUGCUACACCUAUUAAUAGUUUACACUAAUUUAUGAUUAAAAUAAUAUAUAUUAUUGUUGUAUUAAAAAACUAACAAUAUAAUGACAUAUAAAUAGAGCAUAAUAUCACUCUAUUCCUAAUGUUCUAUAAGAGAGAUACAAACAGGAAAAGAUACGCAGAAAAUGGUCUCUUUAAUAGUUUCAACAUGUACUCCAACCACAUGUUCAACAUGUUUAACUACGUCUCUGCCACCAGAUAACUGUUUGUAUUUGUGGUGUAUGUCAUAAUUUUACGUUCUCCUCCAAACACUAUUUUCACAGGUGCCAGUGAGAAUCUCUUUCAAGAUGAAAUAUGAGUUCAAAUACAAGUAUCUAACUUAGUCCAUAUUUUCGAUUCAUUUAUUACCACUGGAGUAUACUCCGUCCCAAACACUUUUUUUCGUGCGUCAUUAAUUUUGACGUCAUAUAUGAUUUUAAGAAUGACACCGACAGUUGUCAGAAUAUUUAUAUUUAUUUAAACAUCAAUAUUUUUUAUACAAAUAUUUGCCAGAAUAUCAAUAGAUAUUUAAAAUAGUUUAAUGUAAAAUUAAAUAAAUAUAAUAUCAAAUUUCACUAUUCAUUGUCCGAAUAUACCAAUGACAUAAAAUAUUUAUAUUUACGUAGUUGACAAAUUUCUAACCCAGAAAUUACAAUGGUCAUUUUACCAUUCGGUUAUUUUUAUGUAAAAUUAUCUUACUCGCCUCAUUGAUUGGUUAUCUAUUUAGAGUAUUGUAAUGGCCCACCAAUUAUACAUAUAUGAUUAUAAAUCGGUUUUAAUAUGCAAAUACCCGUCAAGGAAUACAUAAUUUUCUAAGUUCAAUGUAUAAUAAUCACAGAGGUACGUUUUUUUCUGUCGCUUCCAAGUGUAAUGCUUUAGAGAGAAUACGAUAAUCUGUGACGCACUGAAAAAUGGGUUUGGGACUUAGUAUACAGGGGAGCUAGAGCUCUUUGAAAAUGGCGUCCUGUAAUUAUUUUUUCUUAAAUACCUCCAGAACGCUUCAAUUUAUAAAAACGAAUAUCGGUGCGUAUAUUUAUCUUCCAAAGAUAAAUCGACGCGUCAGUUUUGGGUAGGGCAACGGUUAUUUUAUCACAUAACUUUUUUGUUUUUAACUUUUAAGCAUUUUUUACACUGGAUUAUUAGUGUCAAAGUAUGAGGCAUUAUAGUACUAAAAGGUACUCUUGCUUUAUGUCAGUAGGAUACACGGUUUUCUGGAAAAAUCGAUUUGAAAAUUUUUUGUUUUUUGAAUUUGAAAAAAAAAUUUUAAAGAUUAAAAAAACGGUGUGUUUUACCAACUUAAAGGAACAGUAACUUUUAGUACUAGAAUGCCUCAUAACUUAAUCAUCUAGAGUCAAAAAUACUUAAAAAUUAAAGACAAAAAUGUUAUGCGAUAAAAUAACCAUUGACCUACCCAAAACGGACUCAUAUGACCCGUACUAGAAAUUCGCAAUUAAUGAAAUCGAUUUAUCUCUGAAAUAUAAAUAAACGUACCAGUUGUCAGAUUUCUAAAUGGUUUAUUUUGAAAUUUUUUGGAAAUUAAAAAAAAAAAUUUCAAAUCGAUUUUUUUGGAAAACGGUGUAUCCUAUCUACUUAAAACAAGAGUAACUUUUAGUAGUAGAACACCUCAAAAUUUACUAAUCCGGAGUCAAAAA